AUGUAUUGUCCUCAGCCGCAUGUGAAACCCUGGUACGCUCAACUCUUCAUCCUCCUCGCCAUCCUCACCGAAUAUAUCCGAGCACAGGAUUCCUCACCGACCUCAUUACCUUCAUUCCCUUCAGACGACUUAGAUGAUUCAGAUCAACAAUCACCACCAGCCCCAUCUUCUUUACCGGCCCCUCCUACCGCCUCAGACAAUGCACCAUCUUUCAGCACCCCAACCUCAAAUGACACUGCCACAGACCCUUCAGGCGGUGAUGACGGCCAUAAUGAUGGUCUCCUAAACUACUACUUCCUCCUCCUUGCCGUUCUCAUAAUCAUCAUAAUCAUCGUCUACUGGUCUCUUCACAGGCGACGGAAAGCUGCUCUGCUUCGGCAACAAUCCAACCAACGGGACGCCUUAGCACAAGAUCUCGAUCGAACCGGUUGGGCCCAAUCAUUCUCGAGGCGAGGAUGGAGAAGAGGCUACGGCAGUGGUGGCACGAGAAUAAUGCAUCAUGAAGGCCUUGACGAGACAGGAGAGGCACCACCACCCUACGUAAAGGAGCCUGAGAGGGCACACUUGGGCGACGACGCGGCGAGCGUGGAGCUGAGGGACUGGGACAGAGAAGGGAGGGUAAAGCCGCCAGAUUAUGUUGAGAGAGGGCCAUCGUGA